GCGACGGCUGAAAAUCCCUCAUAGUCAGAGACUCUUUCCAACAGCUUGACUGACUGACUGACUGACUUCCUCCGCCCCCGUGAUAUUCCCGUCGGGCCCAAUUUGGCAUUUUCGUCCACACCGGUGUGCCAUUUCCAGGAGCUGCCGGCCAGUCCAUUCCGAAUUCCCUUGUUGUUCCCAUCUAUUCCCUAGUCUAGCUGGUUCAUCUCUCUGCAUUUCCCCUCCUUCCCCUCAUUUUCUUUACCCGACACCGCAUUAUCUAAUCCACUCCCCUUCCUAAUUGGACCAAACCCACCCUUUCACACAUAAUCUACUACUAAGUGCUUUCCCCUCCCCAACCUAAACACUCCCUCCCAGCCAAGCCAUGUCCGAAAGAGGCUCGUUCCGUGGAGGUGGUCGCGGCCGCGGCGGAGGCUAUGACCGGUCUGGCGGUCGUGGCGCCCACAGAGGUGGCGGUGCUGGUGGCGGUGCUCAACAGCAGCAGCAGCAGGAGAAGCCCAAGAAGGAAAACAUCCUCGACCUGAACAAGUACAUGGACAAGGAGGUGCGCGUCAAGUUCAAUGGCGGUCGUGAGGUUGUUGGUCUGCUCAAGGGAUAUGACCAGCUCAUGAACCUGGUCCUGGACGAUGUCAAGGAAUCCAUGCGCGAUGACGAGGGCAAUGAGAACACUCGCUCGCUGGGUCUCGUCGUGGCCCGUGGCACCAUCAUCGUCCUGAUCUCGCCCGCCGACGGCAGUGAGGAGAUUGCCAACCCCUUCGUGCAACCCGAAGAGUAAUCACGUGCUCUGGAGGUCGAUAGGCCGAUAUCAGAGCAACUUGGUGGUUUGUUGGUGACUGAUGCGGUGUUCCCUUGGAGUGACCAGCCAUGUGCAUGCCCCCGCACAAUUGACGACAAUGGUUGCAGCACUCGUCCGCCUCACGUCCUGCUGGAUGUGGUCGAUGGGUCUGCGUCUAUCUCGAUGUUGCCGUCCACCACGGCUGGUGGACGGAAUCUUACUAUACACACCCUACGAAGGCAGAUGAUGAAAUGUAUUAUGUGCGCCCUGAGCGUUGACUUGUACCUGCAUGAAGCCAUGCAUAGCACAAUACCAGAAUAUACUACAUAGUAAUGGCGGGCACUUGACUGCCUACAAUCAGCUUACUUUCCGCCCUGUGUGUGGUCAUGACAUCAUCCUCUGUCGUCAUGAACAACCUGUCGAUUCCUCCAAUGUGCUGCCGUGUAUGAUGCUGUAACCCCCAAUGUUAAAGUUAG